AUGAAGUUUGCUCUCUCCUUCUUGGCUCUUUCGAGCCCCGCUGCAUUUGCCUUUCAGUCCGUGUCAAGCCCGUUGAACCGUCCUCAAUCUUCUUCUUCGAGUUUGUUCGGAAGUCCCGAUGAAUUUUGCGUUGGAAUUCUCGGAGAUCUUCACAUUGAUCCUCGUGUCAUGGAAGACUAUGAGACGGGACGCGAACAGUGGACGAACAUCUUGACUGAGGCCAAGCAAAACGUCGGAGAUGACAAUGUUUCUCUUGUUUCUUUGGGAGAUCUUGGAGAAUCCAAGUCUGUCCGACCUGAUGAGACUUCUGAACUCUUUGCUGGAACUACUGAAUGUCACGAACUCGCCGCUGACUUCCUCAGCGGAUUUGGUGUUCCAUAUGAUGUCGUUGGCGGAAACCACGAUCUUGAGGGAAUUGAUGAAUUCGACACCGAUGAAGCCAACUUGGAACUCUUCCUUCGUGCUCACAAGAAGGAAGGACCUCAAUUCAUGCGCCAAAUUGCCGAAAAGACUUUGUUGGUCGGUAUGACUUCCACCAUCUUCCGUGAGGCCAAGUACACUUCGCACGAAGUUACCAUUGACCAAGAGCAAAUUGACUGGUUCGAGAACGUUGUCAAGACUCACCCUGCCGAUGAAGGAUGGAAGAUCUUUGUUUUCACUCACGCUCCUCCUAAUGGAUCUGGACUUCGUGUUCUUCAAGAGAACCACGUCGUCAACGGAUGCUGCUGGUUGAACCACUCCAAUGAGAUUCAAUGCCGUAAAUUCAUUGAACUUGUCCGUGAACACCGUUGUAUCAAGGCGUGGUUCUCUGGUCACUUCCAUCUUGGACAGGAUUACCAAGAUUCCAUCACCUUCCCCACCAUUGACCCUAAGGAUGGCCCAUACCCCAACCGUGGAUCUUGCGUCUUUGCCCAAACCUCUGUCAUGCGCAGUGGAACUUCCCGUGAUGGACGUCAACAAUCUCGUCUUUUGCGCGGAAACAAGGACGGAUUCGAGAUCUGUACCGUCGAUCACCAACAGGGAGGAACCAUCCGUUUGGAUGCUACCAUCACCUACCGUGACAACACCAACGAAGUUGGUGUCUACGCCCACUCUGACAUUGAGCAAAUGGACGACAAAUACUUCAAGGUCUACUCUCCAAGUGCCGGAGACUCCCUUCACCCACCGGAUGAGAACUACAUUCCCUACGAGGAUGAACUCAUCAUGGACAAGGCUGUUACCAUGGAAACCAAGGCCUGGUGGAAGAUGGCGUGCGGACGUGUCCUUGGUAUGUUGAACGGAAACAUGAUCGAAUACGACAAAUCCACCUUGGCUCCUUUGGGAUUGGUGGUCGGUGCCGAUGAGUUGGUUGGCAAGCGCGUUGCCAUUAUCGAUUCUGGAUUGGAAGAGAUGUGCGCCGUCGAUGAAAUGGACCCCAUGUGUGAAGACGGUGAGGAAGAAAUUGGCAUGGAAGGUGCGGAACGCGGUGAAGCCGAGGUACGCGAACAAGCUGUCAUUCUGAUGGACGAUUCAGAUGGAAGCAUUGUUGUUGUUCAACCCAAUGAAGAUGGAUCCUACUGGAGAAAGAUCGUCCGUAACAAGAUGAUCCGUAUGAAGGAAGUCCGAAGAGAAAAGGCCGCCAAGAGACUUGCAGAAUCGAUUAAGAAGGAGGAUGCUGAUAUUGUUUCCUCCUGGGGACCAUACACCACCACCAAGGGAACUGCCAAGAACACUGGUGUUUCUGGAUUGACCGCACCCGCCUCCAAGUAA